GAACACAGGAGACUGUUGUGAAAACAUGCUUAAUUUUGUCCACUUUUUGACAACUCCCCUACCCUGAGACAAGGCUCCUUCUCCAGACUUGCUGUGAGCCACCUUGUGACAUCAUGUGACAAACAAAGAGGAUAAUGACUUCAUCAGAUGGUUGCCCCACUACUGAAACUACCAUUGAGAGGCCACUAUUUGCGGGGCACCUGUCCUCCAAAGGUAGGCAGUCUGGACUGUCUUGAGGGAUGCUUCGCACUGCGAAGUCUAGAAAAGAGUGAUGGCCAAGGACAGUGACAUUAUGCCUGAGCAGCAGUUUAACAGCAAAAUGACACCUACAAGUAAACAGUCCACAGGGCUUUUGAAAACAUAUGAAGAAAGCAGCAUCCCUGUAAGUACUCCAGACAAAUGUCCACCUAAGGAGACAAGCAACUCAUGUAAAGAUGGCUCUUCUCAUAAUGAUAUAGAUUGUCCAUUCGCUACUGUUGAGAUGCAAGUGACUGGGAAUGAGCCCACUCGCUCCUCAUAUUACCUUAGAUAUUGUGUCAUGAUAUUUGUGUACAAGAUAUGCAGAUCUAUUCUCAAAGCUGCCCUCUCAGCCAUAACAAUAUGGCAGAACACUAUGAAGGAAAAGGAGGAGGAGGGGGAGGAAGAGGAAAAGAACGAAGAUAUGGUGGAAGAAGAGGAGGAAUGGUAUGAGGCAAAAGAGGAAGAGGAGAUGGAGGAGGAGGAGGAGGAAGAGGAGUAUGAGGAGAUUUAUGGUGAAGAGGAUGAAGAUCAAUAUGCAGAGAACUUUUGUAUAAUCUGUGAGAUAUUCCAUUUCAUGAACAUGUUUGUCAACACAGAGACAACUAUUCAAUGGGAAAAAUGACCAUUUUCUCUGUCAAAGAAUGUGUUUAAUUCUUACUUAAAAAAUAAACCUUGUUCAUUAACAUCUUAAA